GUGCUUUCUCAGCUCUUUGACACAACUGAAGAAAACAAGUGAAGAAUAGUUUUUCACAUCGUGAUGGGAAUUCUAGGCCUAUCAAAACUUUUAGGAGACUAUGCACCAUCAUCUAUGAAAGAGAAUGAAAUCAAAAACUAUUUUGGUCGUAAGGUUGCUGUUGAUGGUUCUAUGUGCAUAUACCAGUUUCUCAUUGCUGUGCGUCAGGAUGGCAAUCAGUUGAUGUCUGAGGAUGGAGAGACCACCAGCCAUUUGAUGGGAAUGUUCUAUCGUACUAUCCGUAUGGUUGAGAAUGGUAUCAAGCCUGUCUAUGUAUUUGAUGGAAAGCCACCAGACAUGAAAUCAGGAGAGCUGGCCAAGAGAAAAGAAAAACGGGAUGAGGCACAGAAAGCUCUGACUGAGGCUGAGGAAAAAGGUGAUGCAGAAAAUAUUGAGAAAUUCAGCAAAAGAUUGGUGAAGAUGAACAAAGGGCACAUAGACGAUUGCAAAGUUCUUCUUAAACACAUGGGAAUUCCUUUUGUUGAAGCUCCAGGUGAGGCAGAGGCCCAGUGUGCAGCUUUGGUGAAAGCAGGAAAAGUUUACGCUACCAGUACAGAAGAUAUGGAUGCUCUCACAUUUGGUACCAAUGUUUUACUGAGGAAUCUUACGGUCAGCGAGGCAAGAAAAUUACCGAUAAAGGAAUAUUAUUACAGCAAGAUUUUAGAAGAAAUUGGAUUAGAAAAGGAUGAAUUCAUUGACUUAUGCAUACUAUUAGGCUGUGACUAUUGUGAGUCAAUUCGAGGCAUUGGACCCAAAAGAGCUAUUGAUCUUAUUAAACAACACAAAUCUAUUGAAGAAAUCCUGAAACAUUUAGACACAAAGAAAUAUACAGUUCCAGAAGACUGGAUGUACAAGGAGGCACGGCGGUUGUUUCAAGAACCGGAGGUAACAGAACCAGAUGAAAUAGACAUCAAAUGGUCAGAACCAGAUGAAGAAGGUUUAAUUAAGUUCAUGUGCGAAGAGAAAAAUUUCAGUGAGGACAGAAUGAGAAAUGGAAUUAAGAAGCUAACAAAAGCCCGCCAAGGAACUACUCAGGGUCGGUUAGACUCAUUUUUCUCUGUUGUGUCAACAACAUCAUCGGCCAAAAAGCGGAAACUGGAUGAACAAAAAGGAUCCGCAAAGAAAAAGGGUCGAGGAGGUGGUGGAUUUAAACGAGGAAAAUAGGUCACAGUGACCAAUGCAAGACCUUAUAGAACUUUGAAAAAGGUAGAUGGCUCAAGAGGGGCACAUUGUAAAGAUUAUGACACAUGCAUAUGCCUAUCAAGUAAUGAGGAUCAUCAACAAACUUCCUGGACUGGUCACACAAUUUGGACUUGUAUACAGAGUGGCCUAGGUUUUACUUUCACUGUAGCCAGAUACUGGUGAUAUAAAAGCACGUUCUGUGGCCCUGACUUUUGUCAUUUAUUGGACUGAUUUAAAAACCAUGAGUCGGUGUGUGUAGAUAUAGUUAACAGGGGUCUCUAUGUGAUGGAUCAUUCUUUAUAUAUAGACUCUGGUAAUUUCUUAUUCAGUGUGAAAAUCAUAUGGAAAAUGAUUUUGAAAAUGAAAAUGAGAGGGUUUUUUGAAUCAAGGGAUUACCUUCAGAAGUUAUAUUUUCAGAAAGAUAAACUGUAUUUAAAUGAAGCUUUAGUCAUGUAGUUAUGGAAUUUGAUAAAGUUUUAGGAUUUGAGCAGUAAAGGAACAGGUGAAUGCUUAAAAGUUCAGGUUACUCUGCAGACCUUAUUCAAAAUCAUUUACUUAGCUGAAGGUUGUCACUUUACCUUGUCUAAUUUCUGAAUGAAUUUCACCAUAGUACCAAUAUUUCUAACUGACAUGAGUCUGAUACCAGUAGACACUAGACAUAUACACUAGUACUUAUCAAUUCCUUCUUUCAGAAGAUCUGCGUUGAUCUCUCUGCAAAAAAUUAAGUUUUGCUAAACUUUUUCACUGAUUAAGGCAUAAGGUAGAACUGGUGUUUAAUUGUACAUUUGACUUAAAGUCUUACUAUGUAUAUUAUGUUAUGGUCAGAGUACUCUUGCUGAAUCUAUCGUAUGAAAUAUUCAACAUCUUUUCUAAAUCCUGAUUUCAUAACUGAGAAUUAUGAUCCUUUGUUAGUGAUUUUAUUAUUGUGCUAUGAUAUUCUGUGUUGUUUUGUUAAAAACAAAAUACACCCUGAUCAUAUAUGUG